AUGCACUGGGAGAAAAUAGAGAUCAAGGUGAAGCGUCAAGAGCCCAUCCCAGGCAAAUCGCCGGGGAGGAAAGGCGGCAAGCACGGACCAGGGAGGAAAUGGGGUCAUACGCUAAAUGCCGUCAACUAUGGUCGUCAGGUGUACGUCUUCGGAGGUUAUGGCAAGGACGAGCGGCAGACAAACGACGUCUACGUGUACAACACAACCAAAGACGCGUGGAGCAAGCCCAACAUCAAAGGCACGCCGCCGUCGCCGCGCGACAGCCACACGAGCACGGUGGUGGGCAGCAGGCUGUUCGUCUUCGGCGGCACAGAUGGGUCGUCGGGGCUCAACGACCUUUACAUGCUCGAUACCUCAACUAACACAUGGACGCGGCUGGCGGCGCAGGGGGACGUGCCAGCAGCUCGUGAGGGACACGCAGCAGCGCGGGUGGAGGGGCUAGUUUAUGUGUUCGGGGGGUGUGGCAAGGCGGGCGAGGGGGGAACAGUGGACGAGACGUAUUACAACGACGUGCAUGUGUUCAACCCUGACACGAUGCGGUGGGCAAGGGUGGCAACAACUGGCACGGCACCAUCGCCGAGGGACAGCCACAGCUGCUGCGCGUGGGGCAACCAGCUGAUUGUGUUCGGUGGGGAGGACUCGCGCAACUGCUACCUCAGUGACGUCUUUGUCCUCGACACCAGCUCGCUGGUGUGGAGGGAGGUGAGGGCGAGGGGGCAGAAGCCUCUACCCCGAGCGGGGCAUGUGGCGGUGACAGCUGGGCGCUACAUGGUGGUGUUUGGGGGCUUCACUGAUGAGCGCCGCCUCUUCAAUGAUCUGCACGUGCUUGACCUCUCAUCGGAGCACUGGCAGCAGUACACGCCCACAGGAGACGUGCCCUCGCGCCGCUUCUCCCUCUCAGCUGACCUGCUGGACACAGUGUCGGGCAAGAUGAUGCUCUUCGGGGGCUGUAAUGACGACCUGGAGGCCCUGGAAGAUGCCUACUUCUUGCAUACAGAUUUCGGUUUCUUAAUUUCACUGUCCGUAUCCCCCACCACACCACACCCUCCUCCUCCCUCCGCUUCUCCCCACCCCCAUACACACAUCCCCUUCCCAUGUACCUCCACUGCAGUGCCCCAAGUCGCACCAGCUCUACCCCCAGGCCUGCAUCCAGCGGACCUGAUAGCGCCGGCAGGCAGGGAGGUGCCCUUUGAGGCGCAGAUAGUCGACGUCUUCCACCUCGGCUACUGCCUGCGUGCCACUGUGGCGGGUAGACCUCUGCAUGGGCUGCUCUUCUCCUACGACCCUUCUUUCGCUCAAGCUGCCCUGGCGCGCCAAGCCCAAAGGCAAGCGGGCACAAGGUCCUCUCGCCAGCCCCCACCCCCUCCGCCGCAUCUCACCUUCUCUCCAGAAACGGGUACCCACACCAUCACCGGUAGAGACAAUUCUGCUUCAACCGAGUCGACUUCUAGUGAAUCUGCUUCCGCGGGUGCUAGCCGAGGCAACGAUGCUUCGCAAGUCCCGGGGAGGAGUCCCAGUUCGCCGAAUCCGGUGCCAAGAUCUCGGCCAUCCGAUCUGGACAUCCCGUUCGAUCCUGCGAUCGACGCGAUGGUUGCAGCGGAGAUGGCGGGGAGGAAGAGCAACGAGCCGCCUCCACCGGCGGAGAAGGAGAGACAAGCCACCCAGCUAGGCACACUGCUGAAGCAGUUCGUCCGCGUGGCGGCACCCUAUUGGUCGUCGGAGGACAAGGGACAGGCGCGGCUGCGACUGGCUGCGGUGUUUGUGUUCGCGCUGGGCUGCACUGGCGUCUCCGUGCUUUUCAACUUCUUAUAUCGAGACUUCUACAACGCUAUAGCGAGCAAGGACGAAGAGGCCUUUCUGCGGCAGCUCUUGUGGUUUCUCGGAGCCACUGUGGGGGGAGUGCCGGUGUUUGUGUUCCGGGACUACUUGAGAGACACGCUGGCGCUACGGUGGCGGGCGUGGAUGACGACAGACCUGCUCAACAAGUACUUCCAGCACCGCACCUUCUAUAACAUCCAGUCACAGUCCCUCAUAGACAACCCCGACCAGCGACUGAACGACGAUGUGGACGACUUCACCACCACGUCGCUCACCUUCUCCCUCGCGCUCGUCAACGCCAUCGUGGAUCUCAUCUCCUUCUCCGGCAUCCUCUACUCCAUCUACCCUCCUCUCUUUGCGGUUCUGUUGGCGUAUUCUCUUGGGGGAACAGCCAUCAGUGUGUAUUUAGGCAGGGAGCUCGUGGGGCUGAACUUCCUGCAGGAGAAGAAGGAGGCAGAUUUCCGCUACGGGUUGGUGCGAGCGCGGGAGAACGCCGAGAGUAUUGCCUUCUAUGGAGGAGAGCGCAGCGAGACGCGCCUGCUGCUGCAGCGCUUCCGCCAGUCCUUUGCCAACUACGCUGUGACGUCUGCUUGUCACCGCUCACAACCUUUACAUGCCGCUAAUCAUUCCUUCUCCUCCACCACCCUCUGCACCCUCCACACAACUCCCCACUCUCUCCCCACACAGCGUUUAUUAGUUGUAGGCCGCAAUCGCGACUUCUUCACCAGCAACUGCCGCUACCUCAUCCAGCUACUGCCAGCACCUCAACCACCCAUUAUGUGUCCCUCCCCUCGCCACUUCUUCCCCCCCCACCACCCUACACAGCGCCUGCUGGUAGUCGGUCGCAACUUGGAUUUCUUCACCAGCAACUACCGCUAUCUCAUCCAGCUGUUGCCAGCAGCAGUGGUGGCGCCGCUCUACUUCCGUGAGGAGAUUGAGUUCGGUGUCAUCAACCAGUCCUUCUCUGCUUUCAACCACGUCCUCGGGGACUUCUCGAUAAUUGUCUUCCAGUUCCAAGCGCUCUCACAGUUCUCUGCUAUUGUGGAACGGCUGGGCGAGUUUCAGGAGGUGCUGGACGACCAGAGCAAGCCAGCCGCGCUGCCAGCCACCUCUGCUGCCUCUGCUGCUUCACCUGUGGCAAUUGCCGGCACCACAGACACAAAGGCACCCAGGAAGGAUUCCACACCCAUGACUGCGGACAGCGAGGGGGAGAGGCCGGAAGGAAGCACACAGGCGACAGCAGCUGAGGCUGCAGCGGAGCACCUGGCAUCGUUGUUUAACAGCUUCAUCACUAUCGAGAAUGUCAUUCUACCGGCUUCUGCUCCCUCUCUCCCCCCCGCGCUGCUGCCUGCCUCCGCCUCUGCAUCCGCCUCCCAUUCUUCCCGUGUGUUGCUGGAGGUGGACGGACUCACUCUCUGCACACCACAGUACGCCUCGUGCCUGCUGUCUGGCCUUUCACUCUCCGUCCAGCAAGGGGAGCACCUCCUG